AUGAAACCCGACCUCAGUGUGUCGCCUGCGUUCAGCGCGGGCUUCAACGAGCAGCGGGUUGGUUUACCAGAGGACUCGCGUCACGGCGACACGAAAAGAGGCCUGGAAGGAGGUCGCGUGACCAGGGAGUCGUCUGCCUUCGAUUCAGGAAACACGAUUAUCCACGUCAGUGGCGAGCAGCCCGAAUAUUCUUCUAAGACAUACGAAAACACACAUCUUCCACCUCAGACGGACUAUAUGAUAUCGGCCAAGAUCUUCAGUGUUUCCCGAGUUGGCGAAUCAUCAUUCUCAACUUGUGGCAGCGUAUUAAAGCCGAUAUCUAAGCCUUCUUUACCUUCUCUGGACGAGUAUGCGCCUGGAUUGCAACUUCACGAAAUCACAAGACAGUGGAAAGAUGAUACCAUUGGUCCUGCCGUUCGAACCGUCGGGGAUAUUGUUCGACCCAAGUUCUUCCACCAUAGCGACUUUGGAGGCGCCGGAACUGAACGCGAUAGUGGCUCCGGCCACUUCUCGAGUCAAUCCUCUCCAAACCCUAUACACACCCCUUCAAGUUCGACCAGCCAUUCACACUCGUGGGGAGAGUCACCAAGAUCAGCAGGUGACCACUCGAGCUCUCAACCUAGAUCUUUCCCCCUGCGGCCUGAGGUAGAGGAGGCCCUUCUCAUGUAUUUCAGUCAGCAAGUCCUCCCAAGGACUCCAGUUGGUGUAACUUUUCCCCAAUGGUUCUACAAAAACCGCUGUUUUCGGGCGGCAGUUCUAGCCCUUUCCUCGAGCUUUCUUAAAUUGGACCGAAAUCGAGGCAACAGUCAUGACAUCGCGAAGGAAGCAGUCCAUGCAUAUGGACGUAACGACAAAAUAAAUUGGUUAUACUAUGACACGGCUGUCAAGACUCUCAAUGAGCAGCUGGAGAGCCCACACAAAGAGGACCUGGAACAGCUAGCCGGUGCGGCAUUGCUCCUGGCUUAUCAUGAUAUUGAAGUAGGCACCCCUCUCGGUGUGAGAAAUCAUGCAUGCGGGCUUGACGCACUCGCCUCUCGGAUGGACUUUAGCACUUGCUCAACCCCGGGCUUGUUUAAAGCAUGGAGGAUGCUUCGCUGCGAUCGGAAGUUCUCAAGCCUGGCAACCCGUAAAACCAUAACUGCUGUUGAUGCAUAUGACAUGAGCAGUGUUCUUGAUCAACAGAUCGCGAUCCGAGAGGUUUUGAUUGGGCUUUGGAAACUUCACUCACGAUACUUCAUGGAAGCUACGUUUUUGUCAAACCCACAAAUGGACUCUUCACAACUGCCACUCUUUUCAUCUACAGAUGCGGAUGAAGAAGAAAGCAACAUUGUACCGAGUCCGUCCGAGCGAGUUAGCCAGUGGCUUCAAUUGGUCCUCAACAGAGACUGUGACGUCCACCAGGCUCAACAGAAAGACUUUUAUUCCGACAGCCUUACUCAGCAUAUGAUAAAUCAACAGUGUACUUACUUCGCUAAACAGCUCGGCCAGUGGUACGAAGGGGUUGCGGAGUCUGACCUACCAAGGGUCAAAAUUGGUACUGAUUCGGAUUUUGUGACAAGCAAUUCCAUCUCGGAUGUGUUGGUAACAUAUCAGCUUACCAACGAGAGCAAGGCCCUUGAUCACAUUUUGUACUUGCUGUCUCGGAUGAUUUGCAAUUAUCUCCGAUCUGUGUUCAACCCAGGGGCAGUUGCUCCUGUCUCGGAAGCCUGGGCUAAAGUGAUCCUCGGGAUCAUUUGCGGCAUGAACUUCACUCGUCAGAACUUCACGCUGUUCCGUGUUGAUAUGCUACUCCUCAUCACCGCGCUUUUAAGUGAGGGCACUCGGGUUGUGAUGAUAAUUUUAGAGCAUGUAAUCCCCUACAUCAAGAGCAUCGAUGAGGCCGACCCAGGAUUCUUUACCUGGUCGUACUUGAGGACCAUUCUCCAUCUCAUGAUACAAGAGAGGCUUCAAGGAAGGACAAUCCGUCUGAUAAUUGAUGACUCCAUCCAGGACUCGGAGCAGAGACAUACAGCUGUGAGACAUCGACUUGUUGCUUUUGGGGACUUCAGCGGGCAAGGCCAGUUUCGGGAUGUGUACAGCGUGGAGUGA